GCACUGCCUCUCCCUCCUUCCCUCCUGCUUCUCCUUCUCCUCUCUCGUCUUUCCUAAUCUGGAGGACAGCAGGAUGGAGGGCAGGGUGUGGACUGUGUGCCUCCUUGUCAGUUUGACAUUGGGAUGGACCGAUGCUCAGAGUAACACCACAAACUUAAGGCCAGUCUUCGCCUGUGGAGGCCACCUGGUCACAGACUCGGGCAUCGUGGCCAGCGAAGGUUUCCCCAGUUUCUACAAACCCAACAGUAAAUGCACCUGGUACAUCACUGUCCCUGAGGGUCACGUGGUCAUGCUGUCUUUCCGCCUCUUCGACAUGGAGGCCGACCCCACUUGUCGCUAUGACUACCUGGACGUCUACAACGGUCACUCCCGCUUGGUGCAGAAGCUGGGCCGUUUCUGUGGGACGUUCAGGCCCGGUGCCCUCAUCUCCACCUCCAACACCAUGAUGCUGGAGAUGGUGUCGGACGAUGCCACCGGGGGAAGAGGCUUCCUGGCUUCCUUCAAUGCAGGGAAGCCACAUAUGGAAGAGAAUCAGUUUUGUGGAGGACGGCUGACAAAAGCGCAGGGCUCGGUCAAGACGCCCAACUGGCCCAACUCUAAUUACCCAGCAGGUAUCAGCUGCUCCUGGCACAUCUCCGUAGAGCCGAGCAAUGUGAUCGAGGUGAAGUUUGAGAAGUUGGAUUUGGAGGCUGAUACGUACUGCCGUUAUGACUACGUGGCAUUGUUUAACGGGGGAGAGACCGACGACUCAAGGAGGAUCGGGAAGUUCUGCGGUGACAGAGUACCAGGGGCUAUAGUGACAAAUGGUAACGAGCUGCUUGUCCAGUUUGUGUCUGACCUCAGCGUGACCUCAGAUGGAUUCAUGGCCCACUAUUCCAGUGUGCCCCGUGGGUCCCGAAGACCCUCUGCUGGAGGGGAUUUCAUCUUCAGACCUCAGACCACCUCCCUGCCACAAAAGCCAACCAUGAGGCCAAACAAGCCUACCAAACCAACACCUAAGCCAAAUCCCAAACCAACUCUGAGACCAACUCUGAAACCAACUCCGAAACCGAGGCCUGGUCUCGUGGUUAAAUCCACCCCAAAACCAAGCAAAAAACCAGCAGGGAGGACAUCCCUGGUUAAAAAACCUCCACUCCGCAAACCUACUGCCAAGCCUGCAGUCAAGCCAACACCUAAACCCAAACCAGCUAAACCCACACCAAAGCUACCUGUUAAAAAGCCUACAACUAAACCUGGAGCUAGGCCUACACCGAAACCUAAGAUCGUUAAGCCAACCAUUAAAGCUAAACCCACACGUAAACCUGCCCUGAAGCCCACUGUAAAACCCAGUGUCAAACCAGUGAAGCCAACCCCUAAGAGUAGAGUUAAACCGACAACUAAACCUAAGAUGAAGCCGAAACCAUCACCUAAACCAGGACUAAGCAAGACUGUGACGAGGAAGCCUGCAGUGAGCAAGAAACCUAUACCGCUGAACCCACUGUGUACACAAGCCUGUAAGAGGACAGGAACUCUCCAGUCCAACUUCUGCCCUCAUGACUUUGUAAUUACAGGUAAGGUUACACUUUUGGCCCCGGGCCCAGGGGGUUCUGCAACAGUCGAGGUGUCCCUGAUCAAGGCCUAUAAGACAGGACGCCUCAACAUCACCAAAUCAGGACCCGUCAUGUCGGUCACAAUGACCUCCACCUGCAAGAGAUGUCCUGGGCUAACCAAAGGCCUGAACUAUGUGUUGAUGGGAAAAGUGGAUGAACAGGGCAACGGCCACCUCACCCCCUCCAGUUUCACCCUCCUCUACAAGCCCAUUCAUGCCAAAGCACUGGCCGUCCUCGCUCACAAAUCGUGCUGACAUCACAGCCUAAUCCACCAAUCAUAUUCAGAGCCAUGACUCUACAAUAAGUUCACUUUACAUAGAAGUUGAAAAUAUUAUCAGCAAUAACCAGCAAGGUUUUUUACAUGAUAAAAUAUUGUUGUGAAAAUCAGUAACAUUUUAAACAUGAAUUAUUACUUUUUGUAUUUUGUGUGUAAAUUAUAUAUUAAUGAUAUAAUAUUUCUGUGUUAAAAGAUGCUUAAUAAACACAGUGGUUGGAUUCA